AGCAACGACGAGCGAAGAACAUGUGCUCCUCCAAACCCAACAUGAGUGAUCUGGGAAAAUCCCUGUAUGCCAUGGCAGAACAACUGAUAGCUUUCGAAAACAGGCUGAAGACACUGGAGGAAGGCCAAACCAAGGUGGCAUUCGGCACUAUGUUAGAGAAAGAUGGUAUUUAUGGACCAUUCAAGAGAGACGUAACUCUGCCGUUCAACAAAGUGUUCACAAACAUCGGUGAUGCCUACGACAGCUCCACAGGUGUCUUCACUGCACCUGUUGCAGGUGUUUACUAUUUCACCUUCUUCUAUCAGGCUGGAAAAAAUGCAACAAAGCUGGAGCUCUUCAAGAACAGUCAGAUUAUUGUCCGUACAACAGAGGACAAAGCUUCCUAUGACACAAGUGAUAGUGGAGGAAACGCAGUUGUCCUGCAGCUAAAGGAAAGAGAUGAGGUUUGUGUGCGCAUGGUUGAAAAUUGUGAGAUUUGGGCAGGCGAGUACCACACCUCAUUCAGUGGUUUCCUGGUCACUAAGGAUCAGUGAGAACCGAUGAAUUCAGAAAGAUGUUUCCAGCAACCUGAGAUCAACCAUGCAGUGACUGUUACUAUUCAACAGUGCAGUUAGAUUAAAACAGAUGGCUGUUGCUGUCAUAUUAUCUGUGAUCAGCCAGAAUAUAUCAUUAUACCAUUGAGUCUGAACUCUUCCUCUUCAACCUGGAAAAUGUCACGACCAGGUAAAGAAAGGCUGAAUAACAGCUUGAGUGAAAUCAUGUCCAUCCUGUUGUUGUCUACAGUUAAUGUGUGUUAUCUCAAAGUGCUGUAAGAAGUGAGGAGAGACUGCCUCUCCUCAGUCAUGUCUGUGUUCUGCUGCUGACGCAACAAUAAACAUCUACUGAGCAUCU